AUGUCAAAUUACACACCGCCAUUACCGCCUGUCAUGUCGAGGGAAAAUUCAUCAGAGGAUAUGCACCAACAACACCGAUCCCACUCCAUAGACUCAGAGGAUAUGGUCGGUCAGUCAUCUAGUUUAGACGCUGGUCCAUCGAGAUUAUCGUCCUCUUCCGCAUCAACUAUAACAAAUAUGCUACAGCCACCCAAAAAUGGAAGUAACGGAGGUGGAAGAAGAGCAUCGAAAUCAAUUUCUGGGACAAGACCAGCAGUCAUAGUCACCCCUGCAGCAUUCAAAAGGACACAAUCAUACUAUACACCUCAAAUCAAAGCAGCUAAAGCAUUUCCUUCAUCACCUAUUCCUUCAAGUCCCGAAUUGAACCCCAAUAUCGUCAAGAGAAGAACUUCUAUCCCAAGUCUAGUUAGACGAUAUACAGCGAGAGAAGAAGAUGGUAUAGAAGAGUUACCUAACGAAGAUUUCCUAGAACCAUCAUCUGCAAAUAGUAUAGGAAAAGGAAAAGGGAAAAUGAUUGAAUCAAGAGCAAGAUCAACAAGUACAAGUGUUGUCAUACCUCAAACGCAGAAUCUCACGGAAAACUCAACCUAUACAUUCCCUUCACAACCUCCUUCUUCAGCUUCCAUCCCGGAAACAUCUUAUACUCAUUCACCCGAAAUUCCAUCCGCGUCCCAAUCAUGGUCAGCCAUGCCGCUCUCUCCUCCAUCAUCGGAUAGGCAUUUGUCUUCCCCUUCAGAACCGACGUCGUCAUUCUUGGCGUCAGCAUACAAUGCCGGUGAAUCAUCAAUUGCACGUCUAUUGGGAUGGGUCAGACCGAAAAGACAUCGCUAUGACGGCAUGGCAUAUCGUCGUGGGUCAGAUGAUAACUCGGAAAAGGGAUUGAAUGGUUCAGAAGAAGAACAGGAUGAUGAUGACGAAGGUGAACAGACAGGAGUUGGUGGAUCUAUGAGAAGACCAGGAAAGUAUUGGGGUGUUUGGGGUUCAGGUGAGGAUCAAUUCGAAGAGUCAAGUUCUCUAGGUUAUUUCUCUCUACCACCCACACCACCUUUAGAAGGAGAAGAACAGUUUUCUCAAGCUGCCCUUCCACCAUACCAAAAUACACUUCCGACACCUGCAUUAUCAUCAAAAUCACUCUCAAGAGACAAUUCGAAACGUUCCAACAAAUUGAAAAAAGUAUUUCGGAAACGUACAUCCACAUCUCGUGAUCAAUCUACACAUAAUGGGUCUCAUGGAUGGUUGACUACUUCUCUAUACAACAUGUGGUCUGGUUUAGGGAGCGGUAAAACCGCUGAAGUGGUGAGAGAAUUAGGUUGGACAGUUGGAUUAUUGGUCGGAACUUUCUUCGUUACUGCUGCUAUAGUCCUUUGGUUGAUCCAAAGUAUGCCAAUUACUACCCUCAAACACAUACCCAAAUCAACAACCGAUCUUCAGGUCUUAUCAGCUGAAAUCAAAUCGUAUAUGGCUGCAAGUGACGCGGGUUGGUGGCAUACUAUCGGAGUCCUCACCUUUGUCGGAUGCUGGAAACAUGCUUGGAGUGUUCCUGGUGCCGUAGUCUUGAAUAUCCUGGUCGGAUCUCUUCUCGAUCCCAUGCCAGCACUUGCUUUAUUGACUAUAAUCACCGCGACCGGAUCACUAGGAGCAUACUCCCUUUCCCGACCGUUAGCGCCACUCAUUGCUGUCCUUUUCCCUAAACCACUCGCUUUAGUACGUGCGGCUCUCGCACCUGAUUCGACUCCAGCUCCAGCUACGGCUCACCAAUACGUCGAUGAAACCAUCACUCCUGUUCAAACAUCUUCAGACCCAACUGUGUCCCCCAUCGGUGGUCCAACGGAUAAAUCAGUUGUAUGGCGAAGGUUGUUGACCAUGCGAGCGAUGGGCUUCGUUCCUUGGAGUGGAAUGAACGUAGCAUGCGGAGUCGUAGGAGUGGAUUGGAAGAUAUUUUGGGUAACAACAGCCGCUGGAAGUGCAAGCUGGUCCUACGUCACCGCAUCCGUCGGACAUAUAUUAUCAAGACUCAAAGUACCCACGGGGGCAUUAGUAAAUUCAGGUGUAUUGGGAGAUGGGUCAACGAUCACGAAUGAAGAGAUCAUCAAUGGAGAAAGUCUAACUUCACUACUUCGAGAUCCAAUAUUAAUAGCAAAAUUGAUUUUCCUAUCUGCUAUAACAUUAUUACCUGUUAUUCUCAAGCGAAGGAAUGGACCAUCAUCAAGUUCAAGUGAAGUAAAUCCGGAUUUAAACGUAGAAAAUACUGAUUCAGCUUCUACACCAAGAACAUCAUCUUCAUCAUCGUCAUUUGAAUUAAACGACAUGCCAAGAAAACCACAACAUCCCACAGUAUCAACUUUAAGAUUGGAUUUAGAUGGCAUCUCCAAUCCACCAAUGUCACCUCUAUCUCAAAGUUUAGCUCAGUUUACGCCGACUCCAAGAGUAUUUGAUCUAUUCAGUAUUGGUAGGACGAUCAUUCGCACAGGUCAAAGAGGUUUGAACGGGGGAAUAAGAGGUGCUGAAAGGAUCGUCAGAGGUUCCACAACUUAG